AUGGGUCCCGUUGACGGUGCGACGCUGAGGCAGCCGCCUCCGAAGGACCCAAACAAGUCACCGAUCGAGAACGUGCUCGAGGUGACGGAGAUGGGCGUACUCGGGCCCGACAUCUUCACAAACACAAGGCGGCUGUGGCACCCCCCCGGGGCGCGCGGCAUCUACGGCGGCUCCGUCAUCGCGCAGUGCCUAGCUUCGGCGCAGAAGACGGUGCCGGAUUACUUCCUCGUACACUCGUGCCACUGCUACUUCCUUCUCGCCGGUUCCGGCGACGUCCCCAUACUCUUCCACGUCGAACGUGUGCGUGACGGACGGUCCUUCGCGACGCGCACCGUUCAGGCCCGCCAGCGUGGCCGAUGCAUCUUCACGACGACCAUCAGCUUCGUCCGCGACGGCUCCGGCGGCCGGAAGCAAGUGCGGCACGCGGUGCCUCCGCCGACCGAGGUGGGCGCGCCCGAGGAUGACUGGGAUGACGAACCGGAGUGGGAACGCUCGGGUCCCUUCCAGAGCCGCAAGAUCGAGGUGGUCAAGGUCAAGGACCCCGACGCGCGGCCGGACGAGCGCAAGUGCCGGCAGUGGGUUCGCGCCCGGGGCCACAUCUCGCCCGAAGGCGGCCACCAGGCGCACCUGAACGCGCUGGCCUACAUGUCGGACAGCUACUUCAUCGGCACCGUAUCGCGCAUCCACCGGCUCUGGCGCUUCCCCUUCGCUCCUGAGGAGGUCGACGCGCUGCCGAGCAAGGUUCGCGCCCGGGUCGAGCAGGUCAACGAGUUUGAGGGCAUGGGCACGACGGUCGAGGACUGGGCCGAACGUCCCAAGGUGGGGAUGCUCGUGAGCCUCGACCACAGCAUCUACUUCCACGAGCCGCUGCGCGUCAAGGCGGACGAGUGGAUGCUGACGGAGAUGGAGAGCCCGUGGUCGGGCGACGGGCGCGGCGUCGUCACGCAGCGCAUCUUUGCCAAGGACGGAACUCUCCUGGCUAGCUGCGUGCAAGAGGGCGUCGUGCGGCUGCAGCAAGACGAAAAGGAAAAGGGCGCCAAGCUCUAG